ACUACCAUCUCCCAUCUCCCUAUUAAUGGAAAACUUAUUAAAGAAUUACUUCAAUUGGAGUCAUGAAUGCUAUUUUUGUAUUAAUAUCAAUAUUUAUUUUUACUCCACCCUUUUCUUCACCUACCCCCGUCCCCCAUUCAGACAUUCAUUCAGCCCCUGGUUUCUUGGUCGGUGGGCGAGAAGUUAACAACCCCCAUAAUUCAAUCUUCAAAAACAGAAAAAAAAGGUUUUCUUUGAGGGAUCUAGCGCUAGAAUCGUCGCAUUGCCGAUCUGGGUGUGUAAAAAUCUAGGGCUUUUGCGAGUUUCUUUGCUUGAAUUUGGGUAGACAAAGAUGGGAGCUGAUGGCAAGGUUUUCACUCUGCAAGAUGUUUCCAACCACAACACCCCCCAAGACUGUUGGCUCGUCAUAAAUGGCAAAGUUUAUAAUGUAACAGAAUUCUUGGAGGACCAUCCUGGAGGAGACGAAGUUUUGUUAUCUGCAACUGGAAAAGAUGCAACCGAUGACUUUGAGGAUGUCGGGCACAGUACUAGUGCACGGGCGAUGAUGGAUGAGUUCUAUGUUGGGGAGAUCGAUCCAUCGACCUUCCCCACCAAGCUCAAGUACACUCCACCCAAGCAACCUCACUAUAACCAGGACAAAACCACAGAGUUCAUCGUCAAAAUCCUCCAGUUCUUUGUCCCCCUAAUGAUUCUUGGUCUUGCAGUUGCCAUUCGCUUCUACACCAAAUCCGAUUAGAGAGUGAAGAAAUGGCAGUAAUAAUGUCCAUUUCCAACUGUUGAUGGGGUUCUGUUAUAAUGUGCCAAAGCCAUCUCAGAUGAGCUGGUGACUCUUGGUGGGUAGUUUGUUAGAAACUUUUGAAUCUUGAACCGGGUAAUUUGCUCCCUAUUUAUCUAUUACUGUUUGAUUGGCACCUGUUGUUUUGUAUUGUUCUCUAAUCUAUUUAUCUUUAAUUCAUGGCGUGUUUCUUUGUGGGACU